ACACGUGACAUCCUGGUAUCUUUGAGAAGAAACACUUUUUAGCGGAGUGGUCUCGAGAUGGCUAUGCAUUUUCAUGGCAUGAGACUAGUAGCAUAGUAUCUCUCCAAUGAAUACAAGCGUUUGACGUCAACAACCCUCAUUGAAUAUUCAAAGAAGGAUUACCAUAAUGCGAUCUAUGCACCAAUCAAAGGAAGGAUAGGCAGGAGCUAGACAGCCCGCCGUGCCACUUUGUGGACAACGAGAGACACGUAUCUUGUCAGUACAUCUAUAAUCUUUGGUAUAUAUUAAGUUAGCAGCCAAGGGAGACGGGGCUGCUGAGGGUCAAGGUUAUGAACUUAGAUAUUGGUUCAACUAUAUUCUUUGCUCUAUCAUGCUGUAAAUGAUAGGAACCACUGGAGGAAGCUCUAACUGCCACAAUGGAGUGACUCCCUAUGUUGUGCUGUAGGGGAGCAGUGUACUGAGAUGGAUCCCAUCCUGGAGGAGGUCCUGAGUGGAGCUAACACUACUGGAGGCCCCUCCCUGAACCACAGCAACAACCCCCUGGACGUGUUCUCUGGCAUGCAGCUGCUGCUGCGCUUCAAGCCCCUCUUCCUGCCCCUCUACUGCCUUCUGGUGGCCGUGGCCGGCAUAGGCAACUCCAUCCUGCUGGCCUGUAUCCUGGCCGACAAGAAGCUCCACAAUGCCACCAACUUCUUCAUCGGUAACCUGGCGGCCGGCGACCUACUGAUGUGCCUGACCUGUGUCCCUCUGACCGCCUCGUACGCCUUCGACAGCCGCGGCUGGGCCUUCGGACGCCCUCUCUGCCACCUGGUGCCGCUGCUGCAGGCCGCCACCGUCUUCGCCUCUGUGCUGUCCCUCACGGCCAUCGCUGUGGACCGAUACGUGGUGGUGGCCCACCCAGUGAGGAGGAGGAUCUCUGUCGGGGGCUGUGGUGCGGUGGCUCUGGGGGUGUGGGGGUUGUCUCUGGCCCUGGCUGCCCCUCCUUCCCUCCACACGCGCUACCUAGACCUGAGGCCCCGUGGGGUGGAGCUGGUGGUGUGUGAGGAGUUCUGGCCGAGCUCUGGCCAGCUCAGGCUGCUCUACUCCUGCUGUAUCCUGGUAGCCUCCUACAUGAUCCCUCUGCUGUCAGUCAGCGUAUCCUACUGUGCCAUCACAGUGCACCUGAGACGACACACGCUGCCCGGAGAGCCCUCACACUGCCAGCAGCGCUGGAGCCAGAGGAGGAGGAAAACCUUCUCUCUCCUGGUGGCCUCCGUGCUUGCCUUUGCCCUCUGCUGGCUGCCCCUGCAGGUGCUGAACCUGCUGCUGGACCUGGACCCAGACUACCACAUUGUGGGCAAGCGCUAUGUCAACGUGCUGCAGGUGUGCUGCCACCUGGUGGCCAUGAGCUCCGCCUGCUACAACCCCUUCAUCUACGCCUCCCUGCACAGUAAGGUCUGGCUGCACCUCAAGGGCUACCUGUGCCCUUACUGCCGCCAGGAGCCCCCAGGGGGCCAGCUCCUCUCCCGCUCCACCUCCCGGAACCCGGCCACCUGCCUCAGCCUGCUCUCUGAGGUCUCUGCCCCCGCCAAGGAGACCCCGGGAGCCAUCGGUCCUGAGUCCGACCCCACCAACGACAGCACCCUCUGAAAACAUCAGGAACAUCACGGUAUGGUUUAUAGGUAGGGGUCAAAGGUCAUACACCACAGCAGCAGCCAUUACAUAUAUCUCAUAUACGCGUUAGAGACGACAACGGGUGUCCAGCCAGACACCCGCUGUAGGAGCAGGGAGGAGGGAGGAGGGGGAGAACGAGGAGAGACGGUGUGACAGGGGUUUUAGACUGAUCUGUGGAGACCGUCACCCCUGUGGAUAGUUCGUUCUGUUUGCCUUGGGUGUCACUACAUAAGCCCUGCUGCCAAAGACGAUGAGCAGGUCUCCCAGCCAUUGCGAGGCAGAGAGUGUAAACACUGUCACGACCAUGGGCUGGGAUGCAGGUCUGGCAGCGGCAGCGGGGGAGAUGACCCUUCUCUGAACUCCUCACUCUCCAAAUGGAUUACAAACUCAACAGAGGAGGACGGCAGGGCAAAAACAGUCUGCAAAGACAGCUCGCUCUUUUCGGUCGUUCCCUCAUUCGACUAUGCUUUUGCCUGAUUUUUGAAAUCUUUCAUACUUUCUCUCCCUCUUUUUAAAUCUCUCUUUCCGAUUUAUUUCAAUGUAUGUCGCUAUAGUUUUAUAUUGAUUCCUCUCUCUUUUUCUCUGCCCCCCCCCCCUUUCCCUAUCUGUCUCCCCCCCUUCUCUUUCUUUUCGCCUGGGCGAUAUGGGACUGAUUCCCCAGCCCAGUGCUAGUUACUGUAGGUGUGUUGGAGUAUCUUUGAAUAGGUGUUGAUCCCUGCAGUUGUCCUCUGCAGUCUCAAACCCAAUCAGCUCCCUGGAACGCAAUUAACCCAAAGCGAAGUGUUAUCUGUUCAGUUACCAACAGUGACAAUAUGGCUGCCAUAUUAACUGACUGGACAGGAACAGCACCCAGUCUGCCAAAUGUACCUCACAAUUGGAUUAGUUCCUUAUCUGUUGCUGGUUAGCCCAGCUAGAACACAAGGGACUUUUUUUAGUCUUUGUUUCGCCACUUGCUGAACCCAGAGAUACUGGCUUUGAGCCUAAUCAAAUGGAUUCAUUCCCAGAGGCCCUCUCAGGUGGUGUCUGUGACUUGGGUGUUAAUGCUCUGUGAAAAAGGUUAGAAUGUUUUCAAAGUGAAUUUCUCCUCCAAAAAAAUGAUGUUGCACGACGUUCCUACCGUCUGAUUUCCCAGUGUGUCGUGAUACACUGGGUUUCCGAGGAGGUGUGUGUUUCUAACGGGGUUGGGCAGCGGUGUCCAUGCCUGUCUUAGGGUGGUGGUUGAGACCCUAGUUUCAUUCUGACAGUUCAUUGGAGGUGUUAGGAUGGCUUAGUUAGCCGGCGUUAUUGUAGCUACCGUUCACAAGGCCUCCUGAGCACGCUGUCACUGACUCACUCUAGCAAACCACCCAUAGCGUCAUUCCAACAAGAACACUGGGCCGGAAUGACUUUAAUUGUGAUUGUUAUGGAUGUUUGUGUUCAACCCGAUUUAAUCCAAACUGAAUGCUGCUGUUACGUGUGAGCAAAAUGUGUUUUUUUCCCAAUCUGCUAAAUAUAAUGGAAAAGUCUCAGGGGUUUUGAAUGAAACUCCUUCAAACAAACGGUUCAUGUAGGUUGUGAGUCACACAUACACACAUUUGAAACAAUUCCUCCUGCUAUAAUGCGCAUGCUUGCAGUUUCACACAUCCCUGUCGCACGCACACGGUUUCUGUUCCUUCUCUGAAGAGGCACCUGUUCUACCCUACCUCUUUGUUGGCAUCAGGUUGGUUUCCUGUAUGCUGUUCAGGGGCCCCAUGCCCAUAGGGGGCACAAGGGCACGUACCCCAUUAGAUUUUUCCUGUUGGUUUAUUUUUCAGAUGUUGCAUGAAUUACUGAAUUUACAUUUUUAAGCCCACAUUUUAGUCAUAAUUAUUUAUUUAAAAAAAUAAGAUCUGACAGCUGUAUUUUGCAGUGGGGGGGGCACAAUGACUGGACCAGGCAAAGUGUACCCCCUUAUUCUGUGGAGAUGAAUUUUAAAAAAUGAACUAGGCAAGUCAGUUAAGAACAAAUUCUUAUUUACAAUGACGGCCUACCCCCGGCCAAACCCG